AGAGACACUGAUUUUACCAACAUUUAUCAAGGGGUUUAUCCUGGGUGUAUGACAUUACAGAUGAGCGAUGGAUUGGGGGAUCUACUUGACAGAUUCAAAGAUGAGAAAAAAGACACUGAUUAUUGUGGUGUUAAGUUUAGCAUUCACAAUUACAUCUAUAACUGGACAAACAACAAUUGAUAAUAAUACAACAACAGAACCUACAUCUACAACCGGAGAAACAUCUACAACAGAACAAUCAUCUACAACUACUGACUCAGUUACAACAACAUCAGAACUUACAUCUACAACCGGAGAAACAUCUACAACAGAACAAUCAUCUACAACUACUGACUCAGUUACAACAACAUCAGAUCCUACAUCUACAACCGGAGAAACAACAACAACAGAACACACAUCUACAACAGAACAAUCAUCUACAACUACUGACCCUCUUACAACAACAACAGAACACACAUCUACAACCGGAGAAACAACAACAACAGAACAAUCAUCUACAACUAACGACCCUGUUACAACAACAACAGAACACACAUCUACAACCGGAGAAACAACAACAACAGAACAAUCAUCUACAACUACUGACUCUGUUACAACAACAACAGAACACACAUCUACAACCGGAGAAACAUCUACAACAGAACAAUCAUCUACAACUACUGACUCUGUUACAACAACAACAGAACCUACAUCUACAACCGGAGAAACAACAACAACAGAACACACAUCUACAACAGAACAAUCAUCUACAACUACUGACCCUCUUACAACAACAACAGAACACACAUCUACAACCGGAGAAACAUCUACAACAGAACAAUCAUCUACAACUACUGACCCUCUUACAACAACAACAGAACACACAUCUACAACCGGAGAAACAACAACAACAGAACAAUCAUCUACAACUACUGACUCAGUUACAACAACAUCAGAACACACAUCUACAACUGGAGAAACAUCUACAACAGAACAAUCAUCUACAACUACUGACUCUGUUACAACAACAUCAGAACACACAUCUACAACUGGAGAAACAACAACAACAGAACAAUCAUCUACAACUACUGACCCUCUUACAACAACAACAGAACACACAUCUACAACCGGAGAAACAACAACAACAGAACAAUCAUCUACAACUACUGACCCUCUUACAACAACAACAGAACACACAUCUACAACAGAACAUGUAUUUACAACUACUGACCCUGUUACAACAACAACAGAACUUACAUCUACAACCGGAGAAACAACAACAACAGAACACACAUCUACAACAGAACAAUCAUCUACAACUACUGACCCUUCCUGGAUCAACCAUCACUGA